AUGCCUGCUGCCGUCGCCCCCGCAAGCACCGCCGUCUCGAACGGCACAUCCAAGAUGUCGUCGUCGACCUCGUCCUCAUCGACUGCGUGGAAGCAGAUCGCCGCAGCCAAGCAACAGGCUCGGCUCGACCAGAUCCCCGCUGACUGGCGUCUCCCAUCCGAGCUGCUGGCCACCGCCAACCACACGAGCGGCGCCGAUCUGCGCUCCAUCCCCACCUCGUGCGGCAUCUUGUCCGCCGACGAGGUCGCCAUCACCGCGACGCCGGUCGCCGAGAUCUUGGCCAAGCUGCAGGCGCGCACCUGGACCUCCGAGGCCGUCACCACGGCGUUCUGCAAGCGUGCCGCCAUCGCGCACCAGCUCGUCAACUGCCUCACCGAGCUCUUCUUCGACGAGGCCAUCGCUGCCGCCAAGGAAAUCGAUCGCCAGUUCGCUGCGACGGGCAAGCCGCCCGGUCCGCUCGCCGGCCUUCCCGUCAGUCUCAAGGACAACUUCAACCUCAAGGGUAAGGACUCGAACCUCGGAUUCGUCACGUGGAUCAACGACCCGGCGGACCACGACUCGACGCUGGUGACGCUGCUGCGCGAACAGGGCGCGGUGCUGUUCUGCAAGACCGCCACGCCCACCGCCAUGAUGAUCGCCGAGACCGUGAGCAACGCCAACGGCCGCACGCUCAACCCCUUCAACACACGCAUCACCCCCGGCGGCAGCUCGGGCGGCGAGUCGGCACUGCUGGCGCUGCGUGGUUCUCCGCUCGGUGUGGGAACCGACAUCGGAGGCAGCAUCCGCAUCCCGUGCUCGUUUGCGGGUCUCUGGGGACUCAAGCCGUCGUUCGGCCGCUUCCCUACCGGAAAGUGCCGCAGUGGGCUGGCGGGCCAGGAGGCGGUGCUGUCGAUCAAUGGCCCCAUGUGCAACGAUGCCGACGGCCUCGAGAUCUACGCCAAGACCGUGGUGGACACGGAGCCGUGGCAUGUGGACCCCAAGUGCGUGCCCAUCCCGUGGACGCCCGUGUCGGCAUCGUCGCUGCCCGCCUCGCUCACGCUGCUCGUGCUCACCAACAACGGCAUCGUCACCCCCACGCCGCCGCUGCAGCGUGCGCUCACGCAUGCCGUGGCCAAGCUGCGCGCUGCCGGCCACACGGUGGUCGAGUGGGACGCUUCGCUCCUCGCCUCGGACACCGAGCUGUUCGAGCGCGGCCUGCAUUUCAUCGAGUCCUUCUUCCGCGCCGAGGGAGGCGCCACGGUGCAUUCGCUCAUGGAGGCAUCGGGCGAGCACGAGGAGUGGGUCGAGGGCCUCGCCGCAACCGACGCGGACUGGGGCAAGACCGUCAAAGAGCUGUGGCAGAUUCAGGCCAAGCGCACGGCGUGGGCGGCCGAGCUGCAGGAGCGCAUGCGUGCGCUCGUCGGCGGCGGCCACUUUGACGCGCUCAUCUCGCCCGUCGCAGCCGAGUGCUCCACGACGCACGAUGCCUACCACCACAUCUUCUACACGGGCUGCUGGAACCUCAUGGACAUGCCCGGCGUGGUAUUCCCCAUGGCCAACCUGGCCGUGGACAGGCAGCUCGACCGCGCCGAUGCGCAGUUUGCGCCCAAGUCGGAAAACGAGCGCAAGGUGUGGGCGCAGUACAGCGCCGACGAGCUGCACGGCCUGCCCGUGUGCCUCCAGGUGGUGGGACAGCGACUGCGUGAGGAAAAGACGAUCGCAGUCGCGCGCAAGAUCCACGCCGACACCGCUUAG